GUUGGUGCAAGUUUUGUAAAUUAAAAAGGAAACUUUAACAUCUGUCUCUGUUUGCAAAGGUCAAUCUUUAAAUACUUUAGUUUCAAAAUUUUCCGUGAUGUCACACUUAAUAUCAGUUUGUACCUCCAUGUCAGUCUGUCUGUGCUCUCAUUUGCUGUGGUAAAAAAAAAAAUCAUUUUUUGUUGGAUUCACAUUGAUUUCUUUCAGCAGGAUAUAUUCUCUUUUUCUUAAGGAUGUUAUUAAUAUCAUAAGCUUAUAUUUUGAAUAACUUUACCCUCAUAUUGGCAUAGAUUUUAAAAGAUGUUGUUAAAAAUGCCAGCAUUGAUUUCCUGCAGUAAGCUUUUAUCUGCUACUUCUGUUACAGGCGAUAUUUAUGAUUCCAACAAAACCGCCUCCCACCUUUAAAGAUGCUGACAGAUGGAGUAAAGAAUUCUUAGACUUUGUAAGCAAAUGUCUUGUAAAAAAUCCAGAGGAUAGAGCGACUGCCACGCAGUUAUUACAGCAUUCGUUUAUCCAGGAAGCAAAGUCUGUCAGUAUACUCAAUAACAUGAUCCAAGAAGCGCUGAAUAUUAUGGAAGAAGAAAGUGCGCGAGAGGAAAACGAGGAGGAAGCGGAGGAAGUCGAUGAUCAUAUCGACUCGGGGACAAUUGUGAAGGUUGGCGAUGGUAAUGAUAACACGAUGAUAGUAAACACAGCGUCCAGUGUGCAGAGUCAAGAUACGAUGAUCGUGAACAGUGAGGCAGGUACACUGUUGGAAUCUGAUCUGGGAACAAUGGUGAUUAAUUCUGAUGAAGACGAGGACGCCACGAUGAAAAGAUUGGACAGCGAUGCUAAACAGAACUAUCGUCCUUCAUUUAUGGAUCACUUUGACAGAAUAUUUGAAGCAGGAGGACGGGGAAGCGACUCCGGUGCCAACGGUUCGUCUGGGGAGGACUCCGGGGGACUACUGAGGGGGGCAAAACCUGAAGAUCCGUUUAAACUCAAGAAGGCAGGCCCCCCUGACUUUGAAUUUUUACGGUCACUGCCAUGCGAGGAAUUACAAAGCCGAAUGCAGACACUGGACAUGGAAAUGGAGAAAGAAAUUGAAGGACUCAGAGCGCGAUACCAGGCCAAGAGACAACCUAUUCUUGAUGCGAUGGAGGCGAAGAAGAAGAGACAACAGAACUUUUAGUGAAGUUAAUCAAGCUUGGCGAAGGUUUCAACGCUUAAUACACUCCACAGGGUAUGAAAUGUUGCCUCUGUUCGCAUGACAGUGGUAAAUGUUUCCUCUGUUCGCGUGAAAACGUUGAUGAUAAGUUAAAAUACAUUCCAGAAUGCUUCGAGUUGAUAGAAAUCCUGUUCCUGUUACUCCCGCGAGAACUUAAGCUCAAAUGGUGAGAAUUAGGGCUAUAUUGAGGCUGUUUGCAAAAUUUCUGUGCAAACGAAACCCCGCUAACAUCAACUGAACACAAUAACCCGCAUGUAUGCAUUGCGGUCCUAUGUAGAAAUUCGCGAGGCAAUUCGAGACAACUUUAUUGCUAGUGUCUUUCCUUUUUCCGCCUCUUUCCUGAUCAAGGCAGAGGGGAGGAGAGGGUGAGGAGGAAAUUCUGGACAUAGGGCAGGUUUGAAGACUGCACUGAAUAUCUUGAUAGAGAGUUUUAUUCACCACCAUUUAUUUUGCGGUACCCUAAGAUACAACAUUAAACAGGAACUUAACUUGAUAUUUAAGCAAAUCUCCCAACUAGAAGUGUACAAAAUGUAUAGAGGCCAAAGAGGAGAAUUCGCAUGUUGAGCAUGGAGGUUGAAAAUGGCCAACAGACAGUUUUGCGAGAUGCCAUUUUGAUAUACAUUUUGUAAAAGGAAAUGUAAUCAAAUUGACUCAAGCUUACGGCGGUUGAAUACAAAUGUAGUUGUUUUGGUUGUGUUAUUCCCACAGGACGGACUUUCUGACUGACUGACUGACUGAUUGUCUGUCUGUCUGUGUCUGUCUGACUGACUGACUCACUGACUCACUGACUGAC